AUGAUCCUUCCUCAUCUUUUUGGCCUCUUGGCCGCCACAGCUGGCGUCGCGAACGCUCUGAAUAUCACCGGAUAUGAGUAUGUUGUCGUCGGCUCGGGCGCCGGAGGUGGUCCUCUGGCAGCCCGUCUUGCUUUGGCUGGCCACAAGACUCUCUUGCUCGAGGCCGGUGACGACCAAGGUGAAAACUACAACUACACCAUCCCUGCCUACUCGGCCAGAUCUUCUGAAGACGAGAAGCUUGCGUGGAACUUCUUCGCUCGCCACUACGCCGAUGAUGAGCGUCAGGCACGCGACUUCAAGGCCACUUAUGAGACUCCCAGUGGUGAACUGUACACCGGUCUGAGUCCCCCUGAGGGCUCAAAGCUGUUGGGCACUCUCUACCCUCGCACAGGCACCCUCGGAGGAUGCACGGCUCAUAACGCGUUGAUUGCGGUGUACCCCCACGAAUCCGAUUUCGAGUACAUUUCAACCUUGACAGGAGACAGCUCCUGGUCUCCGGAAAAUAUGCGCAGCUACUUUACCAAAUUGGAGAAAAAUCACCACCUGCUCCCAGGCCAAAAGGGCCAUGGUUAUGAUGGAUGGCUGCAGACCGAGAAUGCUCCCUUGAGCAUUGUCUUGGAGGACCCUCAGCUCCUCAGCAUGCUGACCGGUGGCGCUUUUGCUUUGGGCAACCUGACUCAGAAUGUUUUCAACAUCGGCACCCUGCUGGCCGGUGAUGCGAAUGCUGACACUACUUAUCGUGAUCACCACCCCGGCUACUAUCAGAUUCCCAUUUCGACUCGCGAUGCUCACCGCAACGGUGCUCGAGAGUUCAUUAUCGCCGUCCGCGAUGCGAAAAAUGUCGAUGGGUCCAAAAAAUAUCCACUGGAUGUGCGCAUGAACACUCACGUCACCAAGGUCACCUUUGACGAAUCCGUGACUCCCCCUCGUGCCACCGGUGUCGAGUUCCUUGAGGGCGAGCACCUUUACAAGGCGAGCCCGAUGUCGAAGCGUGCUGGCAGUGGUACCCCCGGCUCCGCUUCUGCUUCUCGUGAGGUGAUCGUGUCUGGCGGUGUGUACAACUCACCCCAGCUUCUUAAGCUGAGUGGUAUAGGACCCGCCGACGAGCUCCAGAAGUUCGGUAUCAAGGUGAUCAGCGAUCUCCCUGGCGUCGGCACCAACCUGCAGGACCACUAUGAGAUUUCCGUUCAAGGUCGGAUCGAGAAGGACUUUUCCUGCCUGAACAAGUGCACUUUCAGUAUCCGCGGGGAGGCCGACCCGUGUAUCGACCGUUGGCAAACUCCCGUUCUGGGUGAUCGUGGUAUCUACUCUUCGCCUGGUCUCGCUGCCACCAUGUUCUACAAGAGCUCCGUGACCGCCGAUGACAGCUUCGAUAUCUUCUGCUUCGGUGGUCCGGUCAACUUCCGUGGCUACUUCCCCAAUUACAGCAUCAAUGCCACCGAUGAGCACAACUGGUUCACAUGGGCUAUUCUCAAGGCUCACCCGCGCAAUACUGCUGGUACCGUCACCCUGCAAUCGGCCGAUCCUCUUGACAUGCCCCAGAUCACUUUCAACUACUUUGACACCGGUGUGGGUGACUAUGACGCCGACCUGACCGCUCUCUACGAGGCCGUCGAACUCGCUCGGGACGCCUUCAGGCGCCAGCUUGUUCCCAUCACCGAGGUUCUCCCCGGCUCCCAGGUUCAGUCCGAGGAGGAUAUCAAAGAUUACGUCAAGAAUGCCGCUUGGGGUCACCACGCUUCCUGCACAUGCCCCAUCGGUGCCGAUGGCGACCCGAUGGCUGUCUUGGACUCCAAGUUCCGUGUCCGUGGUGUCUCUGGUCUCCGUGUCGUGGAUGCCUCUGUUUAUCCUAGGAUUCCGGGUACCUUUACUGCCGUGUCCACCUACAUGGUUGCCGAGAAGGCUGCCGAUGAGAUCUUGAAGGAGCUGAAGGCUUAUGCCUGA